AAAAAUUAUUAAUAUAAUUUCAUGGUUCUUACUAAAGCUCUUUUGUGUUCAGAAUAACACUUAUGAACGCUCAAACAAACGAAUUUCUGCUUACUGGAAUGAAAAUCACCCGAAUGGCGGCAUUGCUAUCAUUUAUAUUACUGCUUGGCGAGGUGGCAGGAAAGGACAACGAUUUGGAAAGCCAAAAGGUUUGCCAACAAUUCACAGCUGACGAAGAACUCAAGAAUCUCAUUAAAUCAAAGCUUAGGACGGCGAAACCAUGCGCAUGUGUAGAAAAGCAAGUGAUGCUUGACUAUUCCUUUGAAAAAAUAGGACACUGUUAUCGGCAAUGGAUCUUCGAAGACGGUGUUAAACAGAUGUGCUGCUAUAGCGCUGAUGGCAUGUUACAAAUAGGGCCCCCACAAGGCGGUUAUUUGACGUUUGACUCAUUCUGGAAAAAUAUGUCUGAAAUACAAAGAAGCUGUUGCGUCAAUGAGACAACGUGUGACAUAUUUUAUGAUAUCAAUCCCUCGGAUGACUGCAGUUCUUAUCAGUCUCCUACACUGGUGACCUCAUUUGGUGACCCACAUAUUGAAACAGUAGAUGGUGCUGAAUUUGACUUUAAUGGUCAUGGCGAAUACGUCUUUUUGAAAACGAGCAAACUAGAAAUACAAGUGCGCCUUGAAUAUACGAACCCUGGGAAUGUUGAUUCUACAUUGUUCACAGCUUUCUCAAUAUAUGAUUAUGCAACAAGCGAUUACUUUGAGAUGCACCUUGACAGACAAAACAACGAUAUAAAGGUCUACCGAAACGGUACACAAAUUUGUUAUGCGAAUCAAAAAGGACCGGUAUAUCCUUGUGUAUAUCCACCGGAGAGAGAUCAUUGCAUGGUAAACGUUGGCGGUGGUAAAGCAGUUAUUCAAGGCUGUGCUGUUAAUGAAUUUGCAAAAACAAUAGUAUUCACUGCUGGGGAAUUCAUAAGUCUGAGCAUUGAUGUCAUUAAAAACAAUGAAAAAAUAAAUAUAACAGGAUUAGCAGGCCGCCAACAAGACAAACAAUUUGUGUUUAGGAAUGGCACUAAAGUAGAUGUUAACUCUACAGCGUCUGUCUUGUUCGAUUAUGGCGAAUCAUGGACUCUAACUAACAAGUCGGAAAGCAAUUUCAACUAUUCCAUAGCAAAGGGAAAUUACACAUAUUACAACGAGAAUCAUUCACAUCCGAGAUUCCUAGAGGAGCUAGUGGGGAACCUAACAGCAUUGUUUAAAGGUUAUACCAAAUCAAACAUAUCGCUAUUCAACACAACAUGCAUAAAUGACUGGGACAACACCCCUAAUGCACAGUGCUUGUUAGCUAUCGCAAGGACGGGUGACAUUAACCAAGGCAUUGCUGAAAUGUCUGCAGCGAAGGAGACACAUCAUAUAUGGGAGACAUUGCAUAACAAUCCCCCAAAUGUCUCAGAGAGCUUCCCUGAAAAUAUCACUGUACGAUAUAAAGAAGAUUUGAACUGGAAGAUAGAUUUAAAGGACUACGUCUACGAUGACAACACGGACAAGGUUGACCUUAAAUUCGAAGUUCAAACAGAACUGCCGAAAACCGAGUACACACUUGAUAAUGGUGUAUUUAAAUGGACAGUUGGGACUGGUUUAAGGUAUAUAGACACAGAUAUCUCAUUCAUCGUUAUAGACAGUUUGAAUGUCACAUCAAAAAUUGAAAUAACUGUCAAUUACUGUGGAUGUGAGGAACCGGAACAAUGCUCCUCUAUUACGUCUGAUUCAAAUUCCACAGAUACUAUAAAAAAGGCAUUAUGUAAGUGUCCAGAAUAUGUCACGGGACUGUACUGCGAAAAAGUAAAAAAUACAUGUCCAAAUAUUACAUGCUACCAAAAUGAUUUAUGCAAUGCGACGGCAUACCAACUAUUAGACAGCUGGCCAUGUGCUCCAUGUCCGAAUGGAAGACAUCAAGUAAUGACUCCAAAACAACAAACUUGUGAAGAUAUUGACGAGUGUGAUUCAGAUUACACUGGUAAAGAUAAAUGUCAGCAAAAUUGUUCUAAUACUGAUGGGUCGUUUACUUGUAGCUGUAGAAGUGGAUACACAUUAAAUGCUGAUAAUCAUACAUGUGAUGCUCGCUGGAAAUGUUCUGUAUGGCUACAAUUACCCGCAAUGACUCGCUGUAGACAGUGGCUGGAACGUAUCAUUUUAAUAGACGGCGUGAAUAUAACUUGUCAGCUGGACGGCAAGGAGCUGCACAUCGGGGACAGAAGGCGCGUCAGCUUCACAUCGGGGAUGGGAGUGUCAGGUGCACAUCGGGGAUAG